CUUUCAAAAGUACACGCAGAAAGAACAAAUGUUACACGUUUGACUACAGUUGUACGCAAGCACGUGGUUCUGUUUACAAAUACAGCAGACGACAAAACAGUGACGCAUGUCCGUGACGUCACAGUUACCCACAGACCUUUGCGCAGUAAGGAUGAGAAAUGUAAUAUGGCGAUGGUCGCGUCGAAUAUGAGCGGCCACUUACAAAGUCAGUUAACACGUUCGUUGGAAAAAAUUUUAGAAGAGGCUCACCUGAGUGGAGAACUGAGACUAACUGGACGCAAGCUAAAGGACUUCCCGCUCGUCCGCGGGAAAUACGACCUCAGCGACACAGUUAUUGCAGAUUUGUCCAAGAAUAGAUUCAGCGAGCUGCCAGUGGAAGUCACCGAGUAUUAUUCCUUAGAAAAGCUCAUUCUUUACCAUAACGCCAUCAAAUCUAUUCCUGAUUCGGUUGUGUAUCUGCAGUCGCUGUUGUACCUUGACUUGAGCCGCAACCAGUUGAGCGUGCUACCGAGCUCACUGUGCCAGCUGCCGCUGGAAGUGCUGCUGGUGGCAAAUAACAAGCUGGUGUCUCUGCCCGAGGAGCUGGGUCGCAUGAAGACACUGGCUGCACUUGAUGUCAGCUGCAAUGAAAUUUCGCACCUGCCCCAGCAGAUUGGGGAGCUGCCGGCACUGCGUUCCCUCAACCUGCGCCGCAACAAGCUAGUCGACCUGCCACUCAGUUUGACAAAUCUCAAUCUGGAACGAUUAAAUUUAAGCGAAAACAGAAUCUCAACAUUACCAGCAGAGCUUCGCUUCAUGACAACAUUAGUUGAAUUGAUUCUUACCCAUAACCCUUUGAUUUCACCACCUGCAUAUUUGUGUACGAGGGGCCGUGUACAUGUAUUUAAGUACCUAGAGAAUCAAGCGUACAAGGGUGAUAAGAGAAAGGGCCUGCUGACUGACGAUAUCAGGAAGUUGCAGCAAAAAGUUGGCUACUUGUCAGAUUCUCGCCUCUCAAAUGGAUUUUCUGAUUUAAGGCAACGCCGUUAUAAUGUAGAUAGUGGCUACAGCACAAGUGAUGGAGGAUCUGAUAAACGAUGGUCCCAGGAAAUAAUUGUUGAGGAGGAGUGUGAUAAAAGUAAAGGCCUGUGGUCUCGCGCAGAUAGUCUUCCAAUACCUGUAAAACGCCGUGAUACCAAUGGUAGCUGUAGUGGUACAUCCACACCUUCUACCAUCAGCCCAGGUGAUAACAUCAAUCUUGAGGAGGAAUUCAGCAAGAAUGUUUCUGUCUGUGAUGAAUUAGAAAGGAGAAAGACAGACAAAGCUCAGAGUGAUAAAGAAGAGGGCAAAAAUCUUGCUAAAGAUGGUGUAAAACCAAUGACUGGGAGUGGCACUAACAAAACGGUGACAAAUGGUCCUGCCCAGUCGCCAUCCACAGAUGUCAUCGUCAACGGUAGUGGUGCAGUUGAAGACAAGCGGCCAUUGGAUCACAUACAGACAUACAGGGAAUACAAGGAAGCCCUCAGGCAACAGCGAGCUCUGGAUGGGCUGACUGUGUAUCGACCACGUGUUCCUGGAGAAGGUGGGCUGCAGCCAUUAAACAACAUGAAUCAGGAGGAAGAUCAUACAAAGAAUGAAGGGAACUUGCCAAAUAAUAAAACAGAAAGCCUGAAGAACCAAGACAGCUCUGUUAAUAAGCGGCCAGUUCAGAAGGUUCCACCAUCCAGGAAUGGAGCAACAGUGACAUUUCAGGAUAAUCGUGUUGGGCAGGGAGGAACUGUGUUAAAUGGUACAUGGAGUGAUUAUGGAGGAAAAAGUGUUGUGCAAGAUACACAGGACACUUAUUACAUAAAACCAAACUCUCCCAUCAAGACUUCAACCAGUAUCACCCAAGUUCCUUCUUCAGCAUCACCAGGUAGUCCUAGGUUGGUUACUACAUCUUUAGGGUAUGUCGGCAACAUAGUUCCUGUUUCUACAAACCAUCAUAACAGAUCAGCACCGACAGGAAAUGGCAGUGGAAGCCCCAGGUCACCAAAAAUAGGUACAAGUCGGACAGUCCCGUGGAACAGAGAUGUGGCACCAGAGAAACUCAGUUUUACUAUGAGGCGGGAAUUUGACAAGGCUCGUGAAGAGGCAGAGCUCAUUGACCAGCUGAGGAGUCAUAUCGAGACGAGACUUAAAAUGUCACUUCCAGAAGACAUGGCUUCUGCACUGUCAGAUGGUGUGGUGCUGUGUCAUUUAGCAAACCAUGUCAGGCCCCGAUCUGUUGCCAGUAUUCAUGUGCCUUCUCCUGCUGUGCCGAAGCUGACAAUGGCAAGAUGUAGGAGAAAUGUGGAUAAUUUCUUGGAAGCUUGUCGCCGAAUUGGUGUUGAUGAGGAGGACGUGUGCUCUGUUGAGGACAUUGUUGGGCGUUUCAGAGUUGACGCAGUGUUGCACACAAUAGAGAGCCUAAUUGCCCGUGGAAGUCCACAUACCGUGAGCAUGAAUGUUCAGCGUGACUCUCUAUUAUCAGUGUUCUGCCUGUGUUUCUUUCUUGGGACUCUGGUGCUUCUGUAUUUCUUCCCACCACCUGAAUAAUGAAGUUGCUGUCAACAAAUGAAAUAAUUUCUUUGAAAAGACUUUAACUGCAAAUUGUUUCUCUGUGGAAAUGGCAGUUAUUAUCUGUACAAAUUUUUGUAUAUUUGUAAAAAUUAUUUAUUUUCGAAUAAGUCUAGAUAUUUAUUUAUGUACAAAUAAUGUACAAAAUAUUUUCAUUGCAAUGGCUGCAGAACUGCUUAUCUGCAUCAAGGCAUAUGUGAAAUUUUUUGAAAAGUGAGACAUGUUUAGGCCAGGCUUCCAUGAUGACGUGGGAAGACCACAGAAAAUAUUUUUGAUUGGAGGUGUUAAAUUUUUGGAGUUAAUGCAGAUGCAUUUUCGCAUAUAGUGAACGUUAUAAAUUUGUUGCAUUUUCAACAAUUAACUGUUUGUUUCAAAGUAAAAUAUUUGUUACAAUGUUAUGGCUUGAUGCAGUAACUUGUGGUUACAUAAAUGCUUAUAAUUGUAAGCUUAAAGUUUAAAAUGUGAUGCACUACUUUGCUUGCUUCCAGUGUAAUAAUUCCUAAUUAGUAAGUAAGUACCAUGAAGAGCUCCUAAAGAGUGAGUAGACAGCUAUGCAACAUUUCCUUUGUUUCAGGUGUUGUUAAGAUUUCUAUUAUUGAUCUAUGUGUACUGAUGCUGACAUUCCUUUAUGCUUAAUGGACUGCAAAAAUUAAGACAUAUUAUGGGAACAAGAAAGUAUUAAUUAGAAUAUCAAACAGUUUUAUGUACUUACUAUUUUACUGACAUUUGUAUUAUAUAUUUUCAUCUUUUUUCAUUUCAGUGUGAUUGUUGUAACUCUGUUUGUUAAAUUAUGUAAUGUGAACUGUGAAUAUUCUGGUUUUGUUAUGAUAGAUUUAUUGACUCAAAAGGCGUCUCUGUGUUACUUAUCACCAUUGUCAGUUUGUUCAGUGAAAGUCAUGCUGCUUCAGACAAAGAUAAAAAUUGAUCAAGAAAAUGUUCUGUUACUUGGGGGUGGAGAGAAGGCUCAAUGACUUCUCUGAGAGAAUUUUUAUCAGAUGAUAUGCAUAUCAUUGAAUCUCUCUUAAGUUCUGUUGCUUAUAAUAUGAUAGUUUUUUUUUAUUUUGUGAAUUUUUUAAAAUCAAUGCUUGAUAGACUUUGUGCCAAAUGACCUGUAACCUUAAUGAGGCAUUUUUCAGGAUACUUUGUAAUUAAAUUGGUUUCAUUGUUGGUAGUGGUACUGAGGGGGAGGAAAGAUGAUGAAACAAAAUAUACGACGACUGACAUUAGAAUUUGAUUUGUAGCACAUCAUACUCAUUGACUGUCAUUUAGAGUGAAACCACUCACUGUUCCUCCUGUCACACUGUAAACCACAGCAUGCAGUCUUACCCUCUCAGACAAGGGCAGAAAUUGACAUAGUAAGAUAACAAACAAGUAAAACUCAUAUUAUAAAAGGAAACUGCUGCAGACAGGUGAGAAAAAGAUUAAGAAUACUUUGAGAAAUGACAUGCGUGGCUACAAAAGUAUUUAGGGGACCAAUCUUGGCACCAAGGAAAACAAUCAUUGAGCCAUCAGAAUAGUUUUUAUCUGAAUGGAUGGUGAGAGAUAUACUUCCUCAAUGAUCUGUAAUCAUUUGUUGAUAGAUUUUUAAGCUAUUUGUAAUUUUUAAGAAUGUUACACGUGAGUCUAGUCAUUGCAUUUACUUAAACAUCUUCAUUAAUUUAAACUUUUUCAUGUAUAGAAAAAAAUUACAUGUAUCUGUUGUCACUACUUCUCUAGUCAGCUUCAGUCUAUAAUAUGCUGGUUGUGUGUACUGCUAAAGGUAACUUUUUUUUUGCCUGAUACCAAAUGUAAUUAAUGAACGGUGUAGUACAAUUUAAUAGCUUUAUCAAAAUAAAAAUUGUAAGAUAAUCAGCUUGUUAAGUGAAAAAUAAUAAUAUUGGGGACAUUUCUAUACCUACAGAUGGUAGUUGUAAUUUUAGUGUAUACGAAUUAUUUUACAUAAAUUUUUUGAAGAAGUUAGGUGGCAAAAUAAUUUUCUAAUUUAUAUGAUUCUUUUUUUUCUUACUAAUAAACAAGUGACUCUGAUGGAAAGUUCUGCCUGUGCUAGUGCUUAUAAAUUUGUUCCUGUGGCAAUAGUUCCUUUUUGGUUAACUUACUACAGAGUUCAGAAAUAGUGUACUAGCCAAAAGUCUUUAGUAUCAGUUUAAUGCUUAAUGUUCAUACACAUAUAUUAUAUACUAGGGGAAAAACAUUUCUUAUGGAAAGGAUAGUUUGAUACUCACCAUAUAGAGGAGACACUGAAUUGCAUAUGGGCACAACAAAAAGACUGCUGUACCCAACUAGCUUUUGUCACCAUCAUCUCUGGCCACUGUGGCUAGAGACAGUGGUCAAGUGUGUGCGAGUUGUACUCAUGUGAAUGUGUGUGCAUUUUCUACUUUAUAAUAAAACAUUUUGGCUAAAAGCCAAAGGAUACAGUAGCCUUUUUCUUGCACCCAUCUGCAACUCAUAAUCUCCUCAACAUUGUGAGUAGCGCUACAUCAUUUCAUUAUAUUAUUGUUAUUCCACCUAGGAUUUUGUGUUAGAAUAAAACACUUCUCAGUUCUACUGUUGUGAAGCUGCUCUGAUACAUGUGAAUAGAAUAAUAAUGUGGUGUAAUAAGUUGUUUGAACACAAUGCCUUAUACAUUGAAAAUUAUGAUACAGGUGACUUCUGGUGUAAACUUCACUGUUAAUAUUUUGUAAGUCUCAGAUCUGCUCAGUUGAGUCACUCAGCAUGUUACUUUUUAUAGUAAGUUUGAACAGAAAUUGUGAACUGCUGUCACUCUACUUUUCUUCAGUUAGCAUCACACAUUCAUAUACUUCAAUUUUUUUUGUUUAUCAAACUCUGAUACAGCUAACAUCAGGUACUUUGAAGGUUGUAUCAGUGCUAUUAUGGACACUAUAAAAAUAUGUGGAAGUCUUAGGCUGUAUGGUAAUUGCUUUUUUUUAAUUACAUGUUUUGAUUUAGACAUUUUAUGAUUAAUCAAGUUAUGGAUGAACAAAUCAUACAUAGGUAUGGAGUCAUUUACCUUAUCCGUAAGACAACUGCUACAGAGCAAGUAUAGUUGUAUUAUCUUAUGGGUAAGAUAGAUAACUCUAUACCUGUGUAUGACAUGCUAACCAAAAUCUUGGUUAUCUGGUGGUGGUGGUGGUGAAUAAGUCAAAACGUUUAACUAAAGAAAGCAGCCACUCUGCAACCUGUGACUUCCAUGAAAAAAUCAUGUCUUUUUUUACGUCUUUUUUAAAAAUAUUCUAGAUAAAAUUAAAAUACUGUAAUUCACCGUCAUUAGAAGGAACAGUAAUUACCUCACUUACAGACUCUGUAAAAUUAUGUUUAUACGCUGGCUUAGCAGCAGUGUGUCCUGAACCUCCAUAAUAUGCAGGAAACUGUCUGCAUAUUUUGAGUCUUGUACGCUAUUAAAACAACUGGAGCACUUUCAUAAUCCAUUCUCUUUCACUAUAAUUUCUUGGGAACGCAAAAAUAGAAGAAAAAAUUACAUUUGCAGUUCCACCAAUGAGUAGAGGUUUGUACAUUAUUCUCUAGACAACCAAAUAUAUGCUUAGGAAAUAAUGUGUGAGAUAAGACGUUCUUUAUCCAUAUAACUGAUGGGGGAGUUUGUUUAGGGGUGAGGAGAUUGUGGAAAAGUUUGAGCAACAAGCAUGUGGUUACCUGCUAAGCAACUAAUUUCGUAAGAGCAUGGUUAGUUGCUGUGAUGGCUAAUUUUUGUGUCCUGUAAGUUUAUUCAAGCAUUUCGAUCAAGGAUGUCAUGAAACGUAUUCAUCAGUUGUUCAGAUAUUUUUCUGUAAUUAUCUUCAUAUUUGUUUAUUACGGUAUAGUGCUUUAUCAUCAUCUGAGGGAUACCCAGAACCACCACAUUGUAGCUGAAAAAUAGUGAGUUAAACCACAAUCUGUUCCAUUGUUCUUGUUUUUUUAUUAUUAUUAUUAUUAUUAUUAUUGUUAUUGUUGUAUUUUUUACAACUAUCUGUUGCUAGUAUACAACAUAUUUAAGUUUGUCUAGAAACAUAUGCAUUUCUCCAGCUAAUCACAUAUUCAAUGCAGAAGCAUGCUAUCCCAUGUCUGAAGUUCAGAUUUAAUUUGUUUUCACAACAAUGACAAAAGUUAUGUUGCAUUGUGUGCUUUUGAUCUAGAAAUUUUUGUAUUUAGUUUUUAUUUCUGCUCAUGUCAUGUACAUAACAUUUUAAAAUUGCACACACAGUGAAACCUCUUUAACCUGACCAUGUAUUUUUUUGUGAGGAAGUGGUCAUCUGGAGGAAUGGUCUUCUCAAGUGGUAAUCAAGGUAAAAUGUGAUGCUGAACACAAUUAAUGACAGCAACUGCUAGAAUGAAAAAUGAGCUCUUAUAAUGUAUUAAUAACCAUUAUAAUAAUACAGUAUGUUCAUAAUCAUUUGCAUAGUAAAAUACACGGAAAUUGGCAUCCACACACAAUUUUUAAUAUAUUUGCUUUCAAUCGCAUUCUCAUAUUCCUUUUUCACCUCAGAUAGUAAGUACGUUAGUUUUUGGUUGGAGAUCUCAAAAGCAAGGGACUUGUGUCUAGUAAUACUACGUAAGGCAUCGCCAUCUGCCUCUGCAGAAAUUGUGUUACUAUCAUUGUUUUGGUUGCCACUACAUUGUGGAUCUUGGUUCAUUUCUACAAUGACAUCUUCCCAAUUGUCAUUACUAUUGAAGCAUUUAAUUUCUUCAUUCACUGUAGAAGUGUCCAAUUCAGUAUUGACAACAUCAAACAGAUGACUGAGAAUGUUGAUUGAUUCUGCUUCCUCAGUGUUCACAAUUUUGUGAACACUGAGAACUAGAAUUAAUAAAGCAUUUUGUAAUUAUUUCAUUUUUGCAUCAUUUGAUGAAGUUUUAAUCCAUCUCUCAGCAUCAGCUGUGAUCACAGACUUAGCUAGGUCAUAUUCUGAUGUUGUGUUAUCCAUUUUUGCAACAAUGUAAUGCAGAAGCUUCUUUCAUUUAUUUAAUUUAAAAAACUGGAUCACUACUCUUUGGUCGAGAGGCUGAACACAUGAUGAUGUGUUGGCAGAAAAACAUUUUACUUCCAUAUUCGAUAACUUUUCGCUGCAAUGACCUGGUGCAUUAUAUAUGAAAAGUAGGAUUUUACGUUCCUGGAUGCUCAUUUUAGAAUUUAAGUUAUUCAGCCAAGAACAAAAAAUGUCGCACAUCAUCAAUGUGUUUUUAUUUUAAAGCCAAGAGACACCAAGCAAGGAAAUUGCAUCGUUUUUGAAGUGCUGUGGACGAUUUACUUUUAUUAAUAAUUGUUUUGCUAUUAUGAUACCUUUUCACUGAUCACCGUCUGCAGUUAGUGUUUUGUCUGGAACAGCUUUAAAAAAUUGGCCAGUUUUAUCCAUGAAACUUCCUGGCAGAUUAAAACUGUGUGCCUGACCAAGACUCGGAACUCGGGACCUUUGCCUUUCUGCAGUUUUAUCCAUGUUAUAAAUGUUACUGUCAUAAUAACCACUUCUAAUUACACUAUGUCUCAUCUUCAAGUUGGAUAUUACAGAUUUCUUAGUAAACAAUACAGAGUUGAACACAAAAUUGGCCCAACCAGCCAUUGCUUGCACUUAAAUUAGGAAUUCCAAGAUCAGGAACAAAUUUAAGAGCUUUUGCUUGUAGUAUCAGGCCACUAAUAGGCAGUUCUUUGGAUUGUGCUCUAUUACAUCACUCGAAAACAGCAUUGUCAAUGUCUUCAGGUGGUUACCAUCUUCUUUUCUUUGAAUUUUUGUUAUUUUGUUCCCAUUCCUUAACAUAACUAACAUACCUGUCACAGUUUGCAGUUGCAUUCUAUAUUUGACUUUUUCUACAGUUAAACUCGCUCAUCAACUGAUGCAGAGAUUUUCCUUUUUCACUCCCUCUAAUAACAAAAAUUCAUGGUUCUAGUGAAAGAUCAAGUUUUCUUUUAUUUGAAGUAGCCAUAACUGUCCACUACAGAGAAAAAACCGGAACUGGUUGCUAUUAAAGGUACAAAUGACAAUGAAAUUUUACAGAUUUCUUUGGUCCCUUACAGUAAUACAGCAUUGUAAUUCCCUUUCCUAUGAUUGAUUGUCAUAGUUUUAAAGGGGGACACUGUUUGUUGAAGAGUGGUCAUUGGUUGGGUAAUGGGGUGGUCAUCUUAAAGGGUCUUACGAAAAUUUAUUUCCGUUCCUUAAAAAUACAGUCAUUUAGAGAGAGGGUCAGCUUAAAAGGGUGAUCUUCUCAAGAGGUUUCACUGUACUUAAGAAGGUGCAGUAUAUUGACGGGAACACAGAGGGUGAGAAACCCACUAGAGUUACCUUUUCAAAGCAGAAAGAGAGCUGAGCAGUGCUGUUUUUUUAACUUUCAACAACUGAAGGAACCUGUUCUUCCAAAGGUGUUUUUAACUAUACAUGAGUAUUUGUUACUGUUUAGUAUGCACAAGUAUUCAUUCUGUCUGUAUUUGAAUAUAUUAUAUAUUUAUUAUAUGUAUCUGCCAUACCCUGUCAUUUUGUCAUAUAUCUGUCAUUUUGUCAUGUAUCUGUUAAGUGGCUAUGGUGAAAAUUUGUUUUCGUUUACACAAUAUAUUGUGUGCUGUUCUGUUGCUCUCUAAUUUCUGUGGAAAUGUUCAAUUGUAAGAAUUUCAUUGAACUCCUUUAUACUGAGAAUAUUGUCACUGUCCAGAAAGAUUCAGUGAAGAUUACUUUUUUUGACUUAAUGUGCACAUGUAAUACAUGUACGAGUUCUUUAAAAUGAUAGACAAAUUAUAUCUGUGUAAGUUUACUAAUAUACCACAGUAAAAAAAAAAGUUGUAGAUUAAAAUAAAUGAUAAAACUGUGUUAGAGGGCUCAAAAUAAUACUGCAAUAGGUUUUUACAUACUUUGUUCUACAGCCAUUAGAAAUUGUUUGGUUAAUGACAUUGUUUCUGCCAGGUCUGCUUAUUUACUGUGGCUAAUGUUUAUGUAGAACCGUUUUAAGCUGACUGACUAAAAAUCACAUUGAACAUAUAAUUUCUAAAAAUUUACAAAGUAUUGUAGCCAUAGGGCAUACAGAAAUUGAAGGAAACAUAACUGACUCUAGCACGUCAUCAAUACAAGCCCCAAGAUAUCCAAACACAGGCAGUACAUAAACAACCAUGGUAUACAAUCAUAUAGUGUCAGUAUAUUGGCAUAACUGUUAAAAAUUCAGGAGCAAUAUAGUGCAUAUAAUGAACAAUAAAAUAAUAAUUGUCAUAUAUUUAGUAAUUGUAAUCCUGUGGAACCAGACACACUGCAUACCUUACCUUGUAUUGAUGAGUUGUCAGUCAUUGUCAGAAUGUUGGAAGUAGUCUAUAUUUGUCAUGUUAUUGGUUGAUGGAAUCAGUGACUACAUAACUUUUCACUAUAAAGUUUAUUUCUGCAUAUGGGCCACAAAAUCGUUUAGUGAGUAUACAAGAUUUGACUGUUUAGUCUUUAUCAAUAGCCCCUAAGUAUUGCUUGGGUGAUAGCUGCCAGUGUCAAAACAAGUUAGAAGUCAAAAUGUCACCGAGGCUCCUACUAGAGACCUCUAGUAGAAUCCUCAAUUACAUGUGUCUCCUCAAUGACAUGUUGACACCUAGCAUGUUUUGACACAGGCAACCAUUGGUCAAGCAGUUUUUACAGACUGUUAUAAUGAGUACACAGUUAAAACUGUUAUAACUGCUUUUGAUAUUUUUCAACAUUUACUGAAAUAAACCUUUCAUAAUUGGGAACAAGUAGGCUGAACAUAGUGUAUAUAUUACUAGUAGUUUGAAAUAUCAGCACAGAGCAGAGAGAUAUGCAGUAAGGCUUUUGGAAUACUGAGAUUGUGAAACCAGGUUUUUCCUCAUACGGAAUAUAAAUAUAAAAGAUAAGAAAGAGAAGAACUGAAUCUGGUAAGUGGUACAUGUCAAAUAAGACCAGAAUAUAUGUUAUAACAUUAUCUAAUGCAUGAAAUUCAAAUUUGUUUCAAGAAAGCUGAGGAAAUACUAAUUAGUGAAAUAGGUGCUAGAAAGAAUUUCACUCUGUGGAGCUAAGAAGAACUAAACCAGAAAGGAUGCUGACAGAUGCAGGAAAACAUUAACAGACUACUCAAUGUAUCGAUAUACUUAUUGUCACUGUAUUACAUUUGCCAUUCACUCUUUUCUCAUUUAACUACUGGUAAAUCUGUGGUUACAAAAGGCUGUGGUACCAAAAUUUUGCUUUACCGUGGUCUUCUUUUUUUUUUUUGUAGAGUUUUUUAUGUUCAGUCUAGUUUAAUAUUGAUUUAAAAAUCUUGUGACUCUUUUGAAUAGUUCUACAUAUCAAAUACCAGCAAUAUGAAGACUGGCCAAGAGAUGAGAUCUCCAUCCUUUUUAAGCAGAAAGGAACACUUGUUUUCAGGACUUCAUGCAUUAUUUUUAAUGUUCAACAUCUGUCUCCUUUCCCGUGUAAUUGCUGUGGAGUUGAAUACGUAUUUUGGGGUGCAAGAACAGUUGUCAUAUACGUACAUUGUUCUAAUUCACUGUCAUGUCUUUAAGGAAGGCUUGGACCUCAUCUUUCACCUUACCAUCAAUGUUUAAGUGGCUUCAACCCAAAAUUUCUAUCAACUCAGGAAAUGAGUGUAGUCACUGGCUGGGUAGACAGUGACACCCCAUCCAAAUUUUUCUGGAGAGGUAUUGUUUGGUGGACAAUUUGGGAACAUGUACAAUUGUGGAGAAGGCUCUGAACUGCUUUUUGUAUUACUUAAGAGCCUCACAAUAUGACAGAUGUCAACCGAACCUUGCUUAGAAUGUCCUUAUUGCUUAUUGCACUACAUUUUUAGCACUGCCACUCCCCUCUACUGGUAAUGCACCAUUACCAAUGUUUCUUUAAUAUUUGGAAAGCCUCCUGGGAUGCACUUUCUGGGAUGGUCUCUUGUUGCAUUGUGGUGAAUCUCCUCUAUGAUUUGGAAAUGAUACUUUUUCAAUGUGGCUUUAAGUUUUCGAAACAAGAAAAUGUCUGCUGGGGCUAGGUCCAGAGGAAAGGGGGAUGGGGCACAAUGGAAGUCAGAUGUUUUGUGUGAUACUGCAGACAAGAAGCGACAUAUGAACUGGUGCAUUGUCAUGAGACAACAUCAAAGACUAUUUUUUACAUGAUUCAGACCUCUUCAUGUGCACAGCAUCCAUCUAAUGCAUUAAUUUUAUGGCAAACUCCCCUAUUUACCAUGUGACUGUAGUCUAAUCAAAAUUACUUACUAGUUGACAUAUUUCACUUCCAGUUAGUUUGAGGAUGGCACUCCAACACAGCAGGUCAGCUCACAAGUGCUGUUACAUGUAACACAGAGCAAUGUUAGAAUUGCCUGCCAUCAAGUAUGACGGGAAAGCCAACUUCGCUUUCCGCAAGUUCUUUUAGUGAUCAAUGACUGAACUGGGACAGAUAACAUACUUUGUAGUCCUAAAUUUUCCCUCAUGUCCUAACUUGACCACAACCUUGUGACAUGCAGUGUAUCUGAGGAAAUGGCAGUCAACAACCUGUGGCAGAACUGUUAAUCAAGCCCACUUUGUUCACGGUUAUUGGAGCUGAUUUCUGUGAACAAACCAAAGGCAGAAAAUUUUCAGUUUCAGUACUAAAUGCUGGGGUGAGUAUACAGUUAAGUAUGUAAGGCUGAGUUUAUUUGACUGACACAGUUGAGCUGAACGUUCUUUAUGCAGAAUUCGUAAGAACAGUAGGAUGUACAUCAUGGCUUCUGGCAAAUCAUCUUCCUAGCAGCAAGAGCAUAACUGCGUCAUAAGAAGUCAGCUGUAAUAGACAGUCAUGACAAGGACCAGCAGUGUAUUCUGAAACAUACAUGUAAGAUGCAAGCCCUUAACUGGCAGUGCCAAUGAAAGUUUAUUUUCUGGCCUCUGCCAUAGAGUGCAGGAAUCAGGUUAAAGUCAUUUCCAUAAAACACAGUAAACUUAAGCUUAAAAUGACUCACUACCACAAUUAUGAGACUUAAGAAUCAUAAACUGAAGGAGAUAUUUAAAUUGGAGUUUUUGGAUUCUAAAAAUAAAAUAUUACUUUAAAAUGAACUUGCUCUAAAAAGGUUUCAGUAAUCUAAAAGAAACUCUGACUUGAAGGCAUAUAGUAUAGUAUAGAUCUCCAAUCGAUUUUAAUUAUGUUAAAUUUCUAGGCAUUAAAACUUGACAAGGAAACCAAAUUAAUGAUAGAUCACAACUCAGAAGAUGUAGGUGAGGAACAGAGAAUCAGAAGCGCCUAAAGUCUGUUGUUCUUAUGGUGAAGCAGCUUUAACUUUAUCUAUAUCUGUAGGCCCAAACUGUUUACAUGAACAUUUACAAAAAGCUGUCUCACUUAUUUCUCAGAUAUUUAUUUUCAUAAGGGCCAAAGCACAAUGCAUAAUUUUGUUGCUCUGCACUGUUCAAUCGUUGACAACAUAAUUUAGUGUCUACAUCAUGCAUGUAGUAGUAAUACUUCAUAAUCAGAGGUGUAUCAGCCACAUAACUCUUUUUUUUUAUUUAUUGUAUUUACUUUAUUUAUAUGUCAAGUUCCAUAGGACCAAAUUGAGGAGCAAAUCUCCCACGUCAUGAAAAUGUUAGUACAUGAAAUUACAACAUAAAAGUAAUAACAGAUAAAAAUAAAUGUUUAUGAACCUGAAAAGAGUCAGUCCAUAACUGUAAGUAAAUGCAGUCAACAAUACAACGAGAAACAGAUUAAUUUUUCAAGGAACUCCUUGACAGAAUAGAAGGAGUGACCCAUGGGGAAACUCUUCAGUUUCGAUUUGAAAGCAUGUAGAUUACUGCUAAGAUUUCUGAAUUUGUGUGGAAGCUUAUUGAAAAUGGGUGCAGCAGUACACUGCACACCUUUCUGCACAAGAGUUGAGGAAGUCCAAUCCAAAUGCAGGUUUGAUUUCUGCCAAGUAUUAACCAAGUGAAAGCUGCUUAGUCUUGGGAACAAGUUAAUAUUGUUAACAAGAAAUGAGAGGCUAAUGUCAAAAUACUCGGACUCAUGAACAGCGGUCGACAAGAGGUUCGUGAACUUACACCACUUAUUGCCCGAACCUCGUGUUUCUGAGCCAAAAAUAUCCUUUUAGAGGGGGAAGAGUUACCACAAAAUAUAAUACCAUACGGCAUAAGCGAAUGAAAAUAAGGAAAAUAGACUAAUUUUCAUGUUGAACGAUCACUCACUUCAGAUACCGCCGGAAUAGUAAAAAGGCAGUAUUAAGUCUUUGAACAAGAUCCUGAAUGUGGGUUUUGCAUGACAGCUUACUAUCUAUCUGAACACCUAGAAAUUUGAACUGUUCAGUUUCACUAAACAGAUGCCUGUUCUGUGAAAUUAAAACGCCAAAUUUUGUUGAAUUGUGUGUUAGAAACUGUAAAAACAGUAUCUUACUGUGAUUUAGUGUUAGUUUAUUUUCUACAAGCCAUGAACUCAGGUCAUGUACUGCAUUGUUUGAAACUGAGCCAAUGUUGCACACAACAUCCUUUACCACCAAGCUAGUGUCAUCAACAAACAAAUAUUUUAUAGUUACCUGUAAUACUAGAGGGCAUAUCAUUUAUAUAAAUAAGGAACAGGAGUGGUCCCAAUACUGAUCCCUGGUCUCCCUCCCCCCUCCCUCAGUGAUGAUACAUUUAGUUCUGUUCCUUAUCAGAGAUUUUUUAGAACAUUUAUUGUGGAGAGUGUCCUGAUUCUAGUUUUACAUUAGUUAUAAACUUUGCAACAAUCAAGACACUGUUGCCACUAGCCUUCAUAUGGAAAUUUUAUGAAUUAACAUUAAUAAUAAAUAUAAUUUUAAAUAUUAAUAUUUUGCAACAAAGUGGGUACAUAAUUUUGUCAUAAGAAACAUAGGGUGUUGAGACUUGGUUGAAAACAGUGUAGAUGUAUGAGAUUGGUUGGUUGUCUACAAAUUUUAUUUUCAUAAACAUCUAUUUUUCUCAGAACUUUGUUUCUGUGUUUUGGCCCCUUGUGGUUCUCAGUGCCUCACAUGUAUGUACAUUACUCAUCAGCAUUGGCCACAAAGACACAGAUAAACAGAGAACAAUUGUACCAGCCACUGAAGGGACACCCACUGUCUAGCUAUGCCAUUUACCAAUCUGGUUCACUAGUGUACUCAGCCACAUCUUAAAAGCACUACACUAGCACACCUUAUGAAUAACUUAGUACUAGGCAAUUCUAGUUUUAUGGCACUAGCCUUGAUAUUAAUAAUAACUUAAACAGGUAGUAACUUGCCUAACCUAAGGUGGAAAAACCACAAUAUGUAACCCCUAAUUAGUAAACAGGAGCUAGACCUAUUCACCACUCAGAUCUUACACUGACAGACGGUUAAUCUUAGCCCAGAAAUACAGAGCUCACUCAAUGUAUUUGAGAAUGGCAACUCUGCUUGCAGCUUACACCAAGGAACCAGAAAGCUGCCGCUUUACUACUUGUAACCAAAUUAAUGGCCGUAAACAUGGCUACUAAGACCAUUCACAAUAGCAAACACUGAGGCUGUAAACCAACAUUUGGGAACACCCGCAGGGUAGCCUCUCCACAAUAACAUCCAUUGUAAUGUUCUGCCUACAGUUAGUUGUCUUAACAAAUUUCAUCCACACACAGUCAUACUCACUCCAGGUUUCAAACAUGAACACAGUACGUUAAAUCACUCAUCAUUCAGCAAAUGGAGUGUCACAAGCAAGUCACAUCAAUGGCGAAGGACUAAACUAAAGCCACUAGCACUGGAAUCACCUAGAAGUGAGUGCUUCAAAGUUAGGUUAACGAAACAAUUCGAGAGUAUGGAGAAAUUGUGUACUCAAUGCUUAGGCAACUUAGUGUGGAUAAGCAUUUCGUAGCAACAAAGUUGCGUGGUAAUAAGUAAUACAGACUGUUGCGUGGUAAUAAGUAAUACAGACUCAUAUAUGUGGUGUCUGUGGUCGGCGAGAACCAGACUCACUUUAAGUGUAUAGUUAUGCUGUUGUGUGAAUAUGGAAAUUCUCAUAGCUCUAACAUUGUUAGCAACCCCAUCGUUACAAGACACUACUUAUUAGCAGGAAACCUCUUAAUUAACAGUAAAAUAAGCAACUGCCCAAUGCAAACAACUGUCAAUUCAUAAACCACCCCAGCAUGAAAUUCACAAAUUUAGCUGAACAGAAAUUAUGACUGAAUUUGAGGGAGUGUAAACCACACAGUCAAAGCAUCAACUCAGAACCCAAUUCAGUGAUAUUAUAAGGACAGAAGCAAACUACAUGGGUAAAAUACAAGAUAAAUGACAAAUAAUCUAAAACAAUAACCACAAUUCAAUUUCGCUGCUUUAUAAAUGUGUCGAUUCAAAUUCCUGUAAUUUCUCACAUAAUUACAUGAAACUACCCUCAUACUGGCUGCAUGAUCUGACACAAUACCAAUUAAUUGGCAGUCCUGGUGAUCACCCACUCGGUUACAGGUUAUGGGCGACUCUGGCAGAUUCCAAACGAAAAAAGGAUAACAGGAGGAAAAAAUAAGAGCAAAUAAUAAAGUAAAUGUGAUAAUGAAAAUGACAUGCUGAAGAAUAAAAAAUAAAAAAGAAGUCAUGUUUAAACCAAUUAAUUGAGUAAAAAUAAUAAUGAGUCAUUUUAACAAAGAUUUAAAAAUGAAAAGAUUUUAUCUCCAGUGGAGGUUCAAAUCCACAACCCUGUAACUCAUCCACUACAUCACAGCACCACAUACCAUUACAGCUUUGUAUUUAUUCCUCUACAGAUCCAGCCAGAAUGAUGAUUUUCUGCCUUCAAAGAUUUUGGCACCAUGCAAUGUCAUCUACUGUAGGCCAAUGUCUGUGAUGAUACACUUGGAUAUGUGUCCUGAAUUGCAUCUUGUGCUAAAUGAUUCAGUAGUGUUUGGUUAGUGCUGUGUAUGAAACAUCUGUAUGUCAUUUCUUUCUCUCUCUCUGUUCAGUUCGGAAACAGUGAACAGUUCAUGCAUUCCAACAUGUGAAGGGUCAACUAGCAAAUAAUUUUAAUUAGACAAUAUGUAGUACAAACACAUCAUGGGUAAUGCAAUGCCUUUGCAGUCAAAAAAUAUCAACCUACCAUCCUCACCUUGAUCUCUGACUGACUUGUGUGCUUUAUAUGGACAAAGAGACCAUUUGGCCAUCCAAAGCAACUGAAUGUAUCUGUGAAAGUUCCACACACACACACACACACACACACACACACACACACACACACACACACACUGACAAAGAGUCCUUCAAGCUCUGUCACUGUCACUAACCCAGUGACAGUGAACAGCUUGUGCACGUGCUCACUUCAGUGGCUUUAGCUCAGAUACUAAUGGUCACUCUGAAAUGAGGCUAAUGGCAGUUUCUUGUCUAAGUUACAACAAGGUGAGCUCAGUAGCUGCAGUGCCUCCCUCUGCUGUUUGAAGCUCCAUUUCAAAAGUCUGGUUCAUAUGUGUUAGUGUUACUUGUAGUUUCAGAACCCAUGAAGUUAGCUGAUGAUACCCCUUUUCAUUCCCUAACCUAAGCUGCCAUGACUUUGCUGGUAGAUUGUGUUUGUUUGAAUUUUAGUGUCGUUGGUGAAGACUUGCUUGUUCAAUGUUUUAUCUCGGGGCUGAAGUGCAGUACCCAAAUUUCAUAAAUUUCAUUAGUAUUUACAAUAGAAUACAAUGAUUGUUCUGUCUGCUUAGUGCCAAAGAAAUUUGCAUUGAUAGUGUGCUCUGAGCAUUUGCAAGACCCAUCUUCUACACACCUUCAAAUAUUCCAGAUUUUCAGUUGGUCCUGUAAACAGUGCGUUGUACAACUUCCAUAACAGUGUCAUAAAAAUUUGGAUCUUUCCAUCUGUAUACUCCCUACACCACUUGCAGAUAUUUUAACAACAAUGUAUGAGACUGCAUAUCCUGAUGAUGAAUAUCAAUAAAUUUUACUGCAAUUUGCAUUCAAGAAACCAUUAAAUGCACCUGUCUCACACCUGGCAGUAAUAGCCAGUUCACCUGGCAGUAAUAGCCAGUUGGAGAUCCAUUACAAGUGGUUGCCAUGCCAAGACUUAAGCAUCCCAGAGGGCUGAUUGAUGCGUUGUUUGACAGGGGGAGAAGCAAAGGAUAUUACCAUUUGUCUUAUAGCCACUAGAGCAGUUUACUGGAACUGCACCACUUUCAAGAUGUUACUAUUGGGCUUUUGCAUAUAGUUUCAGCUGUAAGAUUGGUCCUGCAUGAUAAACUGAUAAUACACUUUAGUCAAAUGUUUAUGACAAUGGUAUAAUAUGAUAUACCUCAUUUGAAUGUUGGAGCAGCUAACCAAUGUUUACUGUUUUUUGUGAGGGUUCCAAGAUAAUGCUUCAGAAACAUAAAGUUCUGCUGUUAUAAUUUAUUUGUACUUGGUCUACAUUUUUUCUAGCACAUAUGUAUUAAAAGUAAUAUGGGAUUCAGUUAGCUCACUUUUUAUCCUUUACUUUCUAAAUCUGUUUUCUGAAAUUUCUUGCGGUUAUUUAAUGUGCUGAGUGUAAUCUGCAUUCCAAAUGAAGAACAGCAUUUAUUUGUUCCUGACUUUUUAUAAUCACAUACCAGAUACUUGCCAAUAGAUGUUGUGAAUCAAAACCAAUAUUUAUAUUCUGACUGAAAAUAGCAGUACUUAAAAUUAUACAUUUGAGGCAAAACCUAUUGAAUCGCAGUAACGACACAAAUGAAAUACUUACCACUCGUGCACACACACAUACACACACACACACACACACACACACACACACACACACACACACACACUC